GCGCCUGCCGCCGCCUCGCCGUCCUGGUGUCCCCGUCCCCCGCCUGCCCGCCCGUCCCCGGCCGCCGCCGCCUCCCCCCUGCACACGCUCCCCUCCGCCUCCGCCUGCAUGUCCGCGCCGCCUUAGCCGAGGAUGCUGAAGAUGAAACUGCCCCUGAAGCAGACGCACCCCAAAGAGCAGCAGCAGCAGCUGGAGGCUGAGGAGCAGGAGGCGGCGGCGGCGGACGGGCGAAUGGGCGUGAAGGACCCGCUUCACCGGCGCGACUGUCACCUCCCGCUGCACCCAGUGGUGCGUCCGCCCCUGCCUCCGACGCCGCUGGGCCCAGGGGGGCGCUGCCUUCGGGAGCGGCCGGGCCCGCUGCGCGGCUUGCUGCUGCCGGGGCCGCCUGUUGCUGGCGGGGCGGCGGCCGUGGCAGCGGCGGCCGGGGAGGGCAUGUCUCUGCAGGGUGGCUGCGGCCCCGCCUCGCUGCUCCGGGACCAGGAGCGGGUGUACGAGUGGUUUGGGUUGGUGCUGGGCUCAGCGCAGCGCCUCGAAUUCAUGUGCGGGCUGCUGGACCUGUGUAACCCUCUGGAGCUGCGUUUCCUGGGCUCGUGCCUGGAGGACCUGGCCCGCAAGGAUUACCACUACCUGCGGGACUCGGAGGCCAAGGCCAACGGCCUCACGGACCCGGGGCAGCUCGGAGACUUCCGAGACCCUGCAGUCCGCUCCCGCCUCAUCGUCUACCUGGCGCUGCUGGGCUCAGAAAACCGGGAGGCUGCCGGGCGUCUGCACCGCCUCCUCCCGCCGGUGGACUCGGUGCUCAAGAGCUUCAGCUCCGUCGUCGCCUGCGGCCCCAACAGCCGCCCGACCCGCAGCGACCCAGAGCCCAGUGAAGAGAAAGCGGACAAAUCGGAGGAGCGGGGCCCGGAAGGGAAUGGCGUGGCGCCCCGAGCUGACGGGUUGGGGUUUGGGGCCCAGGAGGAGCUGCUGCUGCUUUUCACUAUGGCCUCCCUGCACCCGGCUUUCUCCUUCCACCAGCGGGUCACCCUGAGGGAGCAUUUGGAGCGGCUUCGGACAGCCCUUCGAGGGGACCAAGAGGAUGGAGAAGAACAGUGCAACUUCACUGCCCUGAGGGCCCAGAAUGAUACUUCCCAUGGUGAUUAUAUCCGAAAUAAUGAAACCAGUUUGAUGGAACAAUCCCCUAUACUUCAUGAUGGACUCACCAUGGCCUCUCAUAGAUCUCAGCGAGAAGCUGUACACAUUGAGAAAAUAAUACUGAAAGGAGUGCAAAGAAAAAGGGCUGACAAGCAUUGGGAAUACACCUUCAAAGUAAACUGGUCUGAUCUUUCUGUAACAACUGUAACAAAAACACACCAAGAACUACAAGAAUUCCUUUUAAAGCUUCCAAAGGAACUGUCUUCAGAGACUUUUGACAAAACAAUUUUGCGAGCACUAAAUCAAGGGUCUCAAAAAAGAGAAGAACGGCGACACCCUGACCUAGAGCCAAUCCUAAGGCAGCUAUUUUCAGCUUCUUCACAAGCCUUUCUACAGAGUCAAAAAGUACACAACUUCUUUCAAUCCAUAUCAUCAGAAUCUUUGCACAGUCUCAGUAAUUUGCAGUCUUCUUUGAAGGCGUCUAAAAUACCAGAACAUUUAAAGGAAGAUAGUUCUGAAGCUUCAAGUCAAGAGGAAGAGGUUUUACAGCAUACAACAAUCCACAAGAAACAUACUGGAAAAGGUCCUAUAAUGAACACCGUUGGAACAAGUUGUUCCUCAUUGGAUGGUCUUGCUCUACAACACUCUGAACAGAAUGGAAUGGUUGUGGACUGGAGAAAGAAAGGCUGUGUCCUACAGCAUCCAGAGCACUGCACAUUAGUAGACCAGCAUGCAGCAGAUAAAUGGAGCUUAUCUUCAUUAAGCAAAAAGAAAGGAAAGCCUCAAAUAGAAAAGGAGAAAAUUAAGAAGACAGACAGUAGAUUGAACAGUAGAACUAAUGGUGUUAGUGUUUCUACACCCCAGCAUGUCCAUGGAGGCACAGUGAAAGAUCCCAAUUUGGACAUUGGAUCUGGGCAUGAUACAUGUGGAGAAACAUCUUCAGAGAGUUACAGUUCUCCUUCUAGCCCACGGCACGAUGGGAGGGAAAGCUUUGAAAGCGAAGAAGAAAAAGACAGAGACACAGACAGCAAUUCUGAGGAUUCAGGGAAUCCAACUACAACCAGGUUUACAGGUUAUGGCACUGUCAACCCAUCUACUGUCACUGUCAAACCACCUGCCCAGAUUUCGUCAUUAGGAAAUGAGAAUGGAAAUAUUUCAGAGGAUCCUUUAAACCCUUCUAAGUAUCAACACAUUUCAUUUAUGCCUGCCUUACACUGUGUUAUGCAUAAUGGUGCACAGAAGUCUGAAGUCGUCGUCCCUCCCAAAACCGCUGAAGGCAAAGCCAUGGGGAUGCUUGUGACUAGUCCAGUGGCUAUCUCUGCAAUACGUGAAUCUGCAAAUUCAACACCAGUUGGAAUCUUAGGACCUAAGGUUGCUUCCGGAGAACCAGACAAACGCCUUGAACUCUUGGCAUCCCCUCUGCCUGUGCCCUCCCCUUUUCUUCCUCAUACCGUUCAGCCUGGUAGUCCUGCUUUGCACUUGGCAAUACACAGGCUCAAAAUGCCCUCUCCACAGGGACCUUCAGAGAGCUGUGCGGUCAGCGUUCCGCAGCAGCCCAACGGAAACCUGAGCAUCGGAUCACCAAACACUGCCUUUAUUCCAGUCCACAAUCCAGGUAGUUUUCCGGGAUCGCCAGUCGCUACCACCGAUCCCCUCACGAAGGGUGCAUCCCAAGUGGUCGGGCUGAAUCAAAUGGUGCCUCAGGUUGAGGGAAACCCAGGGACAAUCCCUCAGCCUCCCAAUGUCAAGGUAGUUCUUCCAUCUGCUGGCCUCUCUGCCGCAGCCCAGCCACCAGCUUCCUACGCUCUGCCGGGCUCUCCCCUUUCCGCCGGCACACUCCCUGCCCAGACCGCCAACGGACUUGGCACAGCAGCCACAUCCACUCAGUCGGCCAGUCCAGGGGUCGGUCAGGUCCAGUCUUCUAUUCCUCCUGCGGUCCCUACCCACACCCCUGGCCCCACUCCCAGCCCUAGCCCUGCUUUAACGCACAGCACCGCCCAGAGUGACAGCACGUCCUACAUCAGCGCUGUGGGGAACAGCAACGCCAAUGGGACGCUCCUGCCCCCACAGCAAGUAGGCUCAGGGCCUUGUGGCUCCUGUGGACGGAGGUGCAGCUGUGGGACCAAUGGAAACCUUCAGAUAAACAGUUACUUUUACCCUAACCCAAUGCCCGGACCAAUGUAUAGAGUUCCGUCGUUCUUCACUCUGCCAUCUCUUUGCAAUGGCAGCUACCUCAACCAAGCACAUCAGAGCAAUGGAACCCAACUUCCCUUUUUUCUGCCUCAGACUCCAUAUGCAAAUGGACUGAUGCAUGACCCAGUCAUGGGGAACCAAGCCAACUACGGCAUGCAGCAGAUGGCAGGAUUCGGGAGAUUCUACCCUGUCUAUCCAGCACCCAACGUAGUUGCCAACUCAAAUGGAUCGGGGCCCAAGAAGAACGGCAACGUUUCAUGUUACAAUUGUGGUGUAAGCGGACACUAUGCACAGGACUGUAAGCAGUCAUCCAUGGAGGCCAAUCAACAAGGCACUUACAGACUGAGAUACGCACCUCCCCCUCCCCCUUCUAAUGAUACGUUGGAUUCUGCAGACUGAAACAAGUAAACAUUGCCUCUUAAUACACUGAAGCUUGGGGAAAGUGGGAGUGGGAGGGCGAGGAGGGGAAAGAAAGUUUUUGUCUUGCCUUUAUAUUUCCCCGGAUUUCUAUGCAGUUGGGAUUUUUCAUUUCUCUUGCAACAAUGUUCCAAAACAAAAGAAGAAUACUUUUGAGCCACUGGUCUCCUGGUUCAACAACAGGCUUGUAUGAUACAUGUAAUUAAACACACAGCCAAACUAUCAGAGGAAAGCAUUGAAGCGUACUUUUUACACUGAAGACUUGACACGUGCAAUGUUUACUGCAUCUUUUAAAAUGUCAUGGUUAACCUUUGACAACACUGGUAAAGUAGUCAUGUGGUUAAGAACAAAACCAGGCCCCACUCCACACCCCUUUUCCCCAUCUACCCCUUUCCAAUUUUCUCCCUGAAAUGCUGCUUUCCCUCUCCCUCACUCACUUUGUCCACACGCUACAUUGGCCUGCAUGAGUAAUAUGCAGUUUCUACUUGUCCACACUUUUGUAAAUUGCUGUGCUCAUAAAUGGAGGAGGAAGGGUUUCCUUUUCCUCUUAGGAGAGAAAUCAGAUUCACAAACGUGUGUGUGUGUGUGUGUGUGUGUGUGUGUGUGUGUGUGUGUGUGUGUAACACAAGUAGCUCAAUAUACAUAUAUGCAGCACUCAUGUGUCCAAAGUAAAUUGAAAUGCGUGAAAGAAAGGGGAGGAGGUGAAAAACCAUAUGAACUUGUUAAAAAAAUUGAAAAUGGACAAGAGCUUUCUUUUUAAAUUAAAAAAAAAAACUUUUUACUUCCAAUAAAAACUUUUAGCCUGUUGAUUCAGAGAGACACAAAGUGAACAAAUGGUGUGAAUGUUGUAUUCCUGUGUGUUUGCAUUUGUAAUGAAAGAUGACAGUUUUCUUUUUUGAAGUUAGUCUACUACCGUGUCGCAUUAAAAUGGACACGAUACUUGAGUAAAAUGUUUUCCUCUACAUACUGUUACAGUGUUACCUUGUAUUUAGAAUGUAAGUGGUUUAUUUCAAUCUGAACAGAAGCUAUGGUUUUCUACAAAAAGUCAGGUAUUAGUACUAUAACCUGUCUCGUAGCAAAGUCACUAUUUUAUAACAGUUUACCACUAUGCGUGAUUAUAAUGUGAAAGACUGAAUUUUGAGUGUAAGAUGGUAUUAAUCAUGUCAGUGUCAUGUCACUAAGUUUAAUGCUGCUGUUUUUUUUAAAGCCAAUCUAUGUACUAAAUUGCUUCCAGGUAUUUUUUGAUUUCCUAAAGUGCACUGAGGUUAUCUGGAAGAUAUGAGUGUAUUUUGAUGACUGCUGCAUUCAACAGCAAUGAACAACUACCACUGUAUAUUCAUAGGGUUGUGGGGUUUUUUUUGUUUUUUUUUUUCAUUCCUCAGUUGAUAGCAGGAAUAAGAGGUUUUCUUUUGAAGGAGUGUGAUAUCAGAAUGCAGCAGAGGAACUUAAAUGUUUGGUCUUGAGUCAGACGCCUAACAAGGAAAAACUUGAAGAAGAAAAAAAGAAGCUUAAUGCUUCAUAGGUAGCAUCUAUAUUUAUAGCACCAGUGUACAUUUUGAAACUUUCUUUCAGGAGUGGGAGGGCUAGGAAAAGGGAGUGGGUGGGUUUGAAGGGGUAGAUGAAAGCUUUAAUUUAAAAUUUUUUAAAAAUAUUAGUAAAGGAAAUUAUUUUGAUUAAAAAUAUUUUAUUUGAUCUGGGUAUUUUUGGACCACAUUAUUAAAUGAAUUGCUAAACUAUGGUUGAGUUGUUCAAGUGAGAGUUUUGAUAAGCACCACAUGGACCUGCAUUGUGAAUUACCUGCCAGUUGUACUUUAUGGAGCUUAUUUUAUGAUUUAAAAUACUGUACUGUAAAUAGGAGGUACGUUACCUUCUCUUUAUUUGUAUGUUUACCAUAUACUUUGAUAUUUGAAAUGUUAUGUACUGGAAAGGUCACUUAUAUUUCUAGAACAGAUUGGAUUUUAUGCAAUCUUUUUUCCUUGAAUUAACAGCAAUAAAAAAUGAAAAACAA